AUGAAGUGGUGUAAGCAUUCUGCUGGCCAGUCCGUAGGAUUUUUUUCCUUUUCAAACUUAAAAAGGAGUGUCACCCUUUUUUUUUUGAAAAGAGGAUUUUUUUCCAUGAAGAGUAUAGUAAUAAUAAUAUUUAUUAUUAUUAUUAAGUUCGCCAAAAAGGAUUGUUUUUGCUUAAAUUCGCUUGGUCAUAACUCUUCAAAAAGUUACUAUUGUAUUUUUUUCUCACACCAUUUUCUUAUGAGCCACUUAUUUAUUACAGUUUCGAACUCGAAUAUCAUACAGAAGUCGAACUUGUGA